AUGGCGUCCUUAUUACGAUCCGUCUCACUGAGGACGGCGCUCUUCGCCCCCCCGCGGGCAAUUGGGUCAUUCCUGGGCCGCGGCCUGGCAAUCAACAUGCCCUCGAUCCCGGCGUUCGGCAUGGGCUUGCUCCAGCAGGCGCAGCAGACGAGGGGGAUGAAGGUGCGCAGCGCCGUGAAGAAGAGAUGCGAGCACUGCAAGGUCGUGAGGAGGAAAGGCGGCAAGCGACAUAAUGGCUACCUUUACAUUAUUUGCAAGUCGAACCCGAGACACAAGCAAAGGCAGGGAUAG